AUGGACAGGAUGGAGCUAGCACGCGCCGGACUGGCUCAGGGUGCGGGGGCUUCGGCGGGUACGGCCAACACUCUGCGUGACUUCGGCGCGGAGCUCUUCACGCCUCCUGCGGCCUUCCUGGAGAGCCACGGCGCAAUGGACGACGACGAGUUCGCGGGCAACGCCGACUUUGCAAGUCUGCGCGAGAUGGGAGCCGACGCCGACGUCGCUCUCGCCGCAAACAAGGCGUACCAGGCGGAGCUCAUGAAGGCGAUGGACCGGGUUGACGCGGCUCGCAAGCGCAUCAGCGAACUUGAGGCGAGUUUUCGAGCUUCUGACGAAGCGGCAGGACUGCCAACCCUCCUCACCGCUCUCUCCGAAGAGAUGGCCUCCGCCCAGCCAGCCGACGCGGCGUCUCCGUCAGCAACCGCCGCAGAAGCGCCGUUCGCGGAGUUGGUCGCCUCGACAAGGGCUCUCGGGCAGACAACUUUCAAGAUCAGCGCGCCUGGGACGAGCGACCCAGGUUUGCCGUUCUUCAAGCAUUAUUACGGCAAGGACCUCCCGCCUAACCCGGACGGCGAAGCGCGGGACCGCUAUCUCUCUGCCAUCCGCAUUGUCGCCUGGACUCCCGCCGAACGCGCUCGCCUCAGGCAGGAGAUUGUCGCGCAGAACCACCGGAUGGUCGCCAAGGAGGCUCUGAGGCUCGGUCGAGACAUCACACAAGUCAUGGCGGCACAGGACCCGAAGUGGUUCGUCGAGAACUUGGAGGGACUGGACUGGGACCAGGUCGCUGUCGUCAUGGAACGGCGCUCUCCCUCCGCCUGCCGCAUGCAAUGGCUCCAACACGACCACCCGCGCCUCAAUACCUCGAGCAAGUGGGGCAAGGACGAGCUCAAGCGCUUGUACGAGAUCGUCGAGUCGCGCGCAAAUGGCGUCAAGGAGGACAACGGCGGGUGGGAGGGAGUUGCGAGCGAACUUGGGACAAACCGCUCGAGUAUGGCUUGCCUCAGCGCCUAUCAACGACGUCCGCUGCCGAAGGAGUCUUGGACGACCGAGGACGACGAGCGGCUCAAGGAGGCGGUGGUCUGGUGGGGCGAGAACUGGCAAGUCGUCGCGCGCCACGUCCAACGCAACCCUAAUGCUUGCCACAACCGCUACACGAACUCCCUCCUCCCGACCCUCCGUCGCGGCAAAUGGAGCGCCGAAGAAGACGCCAAGCUGAAGUUGGCUGUCCAGGCUUGCGGGAAGAACUGGACUGCGAUCAGCGAGCGGGUUGACGGACGCACGGACGCCCAGUGUAGGGAGAGGUGGUCGAAUAUUUUGGACCCAAAGGUGCUGGGCACGAAGAAUUGGACGGAGGAGGAGGACGCGACGCUACUGCGCAUGCGUGACGAGGAGCAGCUCCCCUGGAACGAGAUCUCGCUGCGCGGAUUCGGCGGGACGAGGACCGACAGCAACUGCCUUCGCCGCUACACGGACCUGAAGAAACCGCCGAAGAAGAAGCGGAAGAAGCGCGCGCCAAAGCGGCCUGUCAGCGAUGACGAGGACGACUUUGAGAUCGCGCAGGACGACGUCGGGUCGGUUGGUGAGGCCGAAGCGGAGCCGGCGGCGAAGAGGCAGAAGAUGGCGAGCGCGACGAGGGGGAGGGGGAGAGGCAGAGGCAGGGGGAGGGGUCGAGGUGGUGGGACGGCGCGGGCCGCCAGGACGAGGGAGUUGGAAGACGGCGGAGAGUCGGCUGGCGAGCAGGAAAAGGAGGACGGGGUCGAGGGAGCCGCCCCCGAGCAGGAGGAGGCGGAACCGGCGGAGGAAGAAGGUAUGACGACGCGGCGGAGUUCUCGCAAGAAAGUCGCGCCGGGUCAGUGA